CAAGUGUGUGUGUCAGUGCAGGGCGGAUCACUUUGCUGUGACCCCCCAGUGUGUCAGCAUCGUUUCGCAUUCCCACCGGUGCUUCGGCCAUGUCAAAGAAUACGAAGACUCUGCGUGUUCCUGGUGUUGGUCACAUGAGCCAGGCAGUGUCAGAUGGAGAGUUGAACAUGUCUGGUCGUGGCUGUGGGGGCAGUCGUACAAGUCUACCAGGGGUCCAGGGGGGAGAUGCCCAGGCCAGUGGUGUCGUCAGCUGGGCCGUGUGCUUUGAGAAGCUGCUGGAAGAUCCCACGGGAAUACGCUACUUCACAGCCUUCCUGAGGUCAGAGGUGAGUGCGGAGAACAUCCUGUUCUAUCAGGCCUGUGAGAAGUUUCGGAAGAUUCCUCCCAGUAGGAUGAAAGAGUUUGCUGAGGAGGCUCGCUCCAUCUUCCAGACGUACCUGUCUGACCAUGCUCCCUACUCUGUGAACAUCGAUGACACAGCUCGCGUGGAGGAGAAGGACCUGCAGAAACCUAAAGUUGAAAUGUUCGACAAGGCCCAGGCACAGAUCUUUAAGCUGAUGAAGAUGGACAGCUACAGGCGUUUCGUCCGCUCCCCUCUCUACCAGAAAUGUACCCUGGCCAGCGUGGAGGGCACGCCACUACCCAGAAUCCCCCCUGAGCCCACCAGCACAGGAUCAUGGGAGAACAUGGCCACUGCCAGCCCCUCCCUCAACGACAGCAAGAAGCAGAAGAAGGACAAGCAACGGGAGAAGAGGGGAUCAUGGGGAGUAGAGGUGUCGUACCUCAAGGUGAAUGUGUCUCGUACGGAGUCUCAGAUGUCCAACAGCAGUGUGGAGUUGGGCUCCUUCUACAGGCAGAUAGAGAAUGGUCGCUCCAGUCCCCGUCCCUCAGACCAGGGGCAGGGUGAUGGAGGUGGUGGUAGUGUGCAGGGAGGUUACUGCUGUGUCUACCUGCCUGACGGCAGUGCCUCCCUCGCACCUACACGGCCCGGCCUCCCCCUAAGGGAAAUGCUUUCAGGCCUCUGUGAGAAGAGAGGUUUCCCCCUCAAAGACAUCCUCAUCUACCUCCACAGCAAGGACAGGCAGCCACUAUCUCUGGAGCAGGACUGUUCAGUACUGAGGGACCAGCAGGUCUCCCUGGAGCUGAGGGUGACGUUUGCGUUGGAGGUGGUUUUCACUGGUAAGACAUUCAACAUCAUGGUGAAGUCCAGUAAGACUCUGCUGGAUGCCCUUUCUAUGGUACUACAGAAACACCAACUCAGAACACACGAGGCCAUGGUCACCAUGAGUGGGAGUGAUGUGCCACUGAGCAUGAGCACCAAUGUGUUCAAACUGGCCAAUAAGACGCUACAGCUCUACAAGGUCAAAGUUAGCAGUGGCUCAACUCCAGUCACACAGGAUCAAGCUACAUCUCCAGUAGGCCCAGAGGUCCGUGUGUCCCCUCAGGCAGCCAACCCCAAGCCCAGGGUCAGGAAGAACCAAGAGAUGGAUGCGAUGAUAGAGCUGUUGUCCAGAGCUCAGGCCUGUCGGGUGGAUGACCAGAGAGGCCUGCUGACCAAGGAACACCUAGAGCUGCCCCAGUUCCUCUUGAAACCCCCUACCCAGGACCAGGAGACACAACAGGGGGAGGAUGGAGAGGUUAUUGGGACAGGGGGAUGGAGCCCCCACAGACAUUAAAGAGGAGUCACAUAACCAACCCACCACCUCCUCCACUCCCACCCCUGUUGGGGCAGCAGAGUCAGGAGAGUGUGUAACAGACUCAUCAGGUUCCAAACACAUAGGUUCAAAAUAAACAAGUGUCUGAGAGAGAAUGUUUUUAUAAGUGUCACUUUUACUUUUUGUACCUGGUGUAAGUGUGAGUGUGUGUAUAGGACCCAUUUUACUGUGUGUGUGUGUGUGUGUGUGUGUGUGUGUGUGUGUGUGUGUGUGUGUGUGUGUGUGUGUGUGUGUGUGUGUGUGUGUGUGUGUGUGUGUGUGUGUGUGUGUGUGUGUGUGUGUGUGUGUGUGUGUGUGUGUGAACAUGCUGAGGUCAGGUUUGGUCAAGGGAUGUUGACACAUGUAGCAAUUCAUCCUGUUUAAAGAUUGUUUAUCAAAGAUUAUAAGUUGUGCACAGGAAGUCCACAACUAUUAAGAGACCUAGUCAAGCACUUUUGCUUAUGAUUGUCUGAAUAAGGUCAGUGUCCAAUGUGUUAUCACUGUCUCUGCUACGAAACUGCAUUAACUCUAUUGUUUGUUUUAAUCCUCAAUGUCAAAGGUACAAUAUGUCAUGAUAUGAAGGAUCUAUUCUAGCUUCCAAUUCCUCCCUUGAAGUCUGAUUAAAAAAAACACUGUUUUGUUUUUCGAUGAAGGAAUUACUUUCAAAAGAGUCUUUCAUAUUUUGGGGUAUUUUACUUAUCACAAUAUUUAAGUUGAACUAAUAGUACUUUUAGUACAUUUUCUCUAGUGUGUGAUUUGAUAUUUAAUGAAGGUGUUUGGUAUUUUGCAUUUUGAGAACUUUUCUCUCUUGUGAAAGUUUGAUAUUUAAUUUAAUUGAUUCAUUGGCAUUUAAUACUUAUGAGCACAUUUUUGUUUCUUUGCUGUGUUUGCACUUUGAAUGCCAGGUCUCCUGUGACGGCCAAUCCUUUUCUCACUGUGUUAUCAGAGUGCUACUCAGGGUCAAACUUCAGUAUUAACCUAUAAUGCUCUCAUGCAUUGUACAGUGCAUGAAUAAAUUAUGUGGUAUUGAUCUAA